AUGCAUGGUAUCCAACCCGUGUAUGAGAGUCGGAACCGACGGCCUACUAUAUUACUGACCGACCGAAGUUUUGAUUACUAUAGUCCUUUGUGCCAUACUUGGACAUACGAGUCAUUGUUGCAUGAUUGCUUUGGGAUUCAUUUGAACCAAGUUGUUGUGAACGGACAAAAGAGCGAGCUUAGCCCAACCACAGACCAGUUUUGGGCGGACCACCGGGGGUCGAGUUAUCCUGAGGUUGCCGAGGCAACGGCUCAGUUACUUAAUGAGUUUAAAGCGAAGAUUGCUUCGGUGAAUCGGACUACAAAUCCGGAUGCCGGAGCGGAGACAAUGUCAGGACUAAAUGCGGCUAUCGAAAACGCUCCGAAUGUAAUUAAUUUGAAGGAUUCAUUAGAUUUGCACACGCGUGUGGCGCAAGAAUUAUAUAAUGUAUUGCUGAAAAGGGAUCUCCCAGACUUUUAUAAUUUGGAGACUGAUAUGUUGGAGUCAGGAUGGAGUCAGGGACCGUAUAACAUGAAGCAGGUUCGUGAUCUUUUGGAAAAAGGUGACGACGAUGAUAAGCAGCGCUUGAUACUUUGCUCCCAUUUGUUGCUCAAGGACCGGGUCCCACCAGAGGAGAUAAACAGCCUUUGCCAUCUUUUGCCGCCGCCGGACGCUGGAACAGGUCGGCAAGCUGGCAUUUUGCCGGCUCUUAAAUUCCUGCGUCAUCAUGAUACGAUGCUGCAGAUGAGCGCUACAAACACGUACGAAUCUCUGUCCAAUACGCAGCAGCCGGAAGUGGGUCGAGAGCCCGUUGUACCUGGUCCAGGCACUUUCGGAGGAACCGCAAUGAACGUAGCCAAGGGAAUUUUAUGGCAGGGUAUCAAGCAAGUAAUGCAACUAAAGCACCAACCCAAGAUUGUUAGUUUGGUGGAAGGUCUUGUGGAUCAAUCAAAGAAGUCCGUAAUCGUAUCUCAGUACGAUCGAUAUGAUCCUCUUGGUGUUGCUGGUGAUGUUAAACAGACGGGGGUUAGCCAGGCUAUUGUGUUCGUUGUCGGUGGUGGGAGUUAUGCUGAAGCUGAUGCUUGCGCUAAGUGGGCCAAGAAAACAAAGGAAGUACUGGGCGAGAUAAUUACUGCCAACCUUGUCUUUGGUGAUAUACCCAAUGUUCCUUUGAAGGAACCAGGUGACCCGGCGAUCAUAUCUCAUGCUCUAUGGACGAUGCUGCAGCUGCUAGCGGUUAUUGUGCUUGCUCUCUAUGCAUUAUUGUUGUUUGUUUGGCACGUCUCUGGAAGAACGGUCGUGAGAGAAUUUUAUAAGUUCGAAAAAGAAAAUGUUCAAAUCAAAUCAGAUUAA